UUUAUUUUGAAAAAUGACAUUCAGGAACGUGUUGUUGACCUUAAAUUUUUACAUUUAUAUUAUUUUCACGUUAUCAUCCGAUAUAGUAUUAAAUAUAAGUGAAAAUAAUCAUUUUUUUCCAUUUAAACAUUUCUGGAAAAGUACAGGAUUCUGCCCUCCCGAUCCAAAAGAAAAUGUGCCAGAUUAUCUACUCAGCAAAGAACAACGUACCCAUUUGGCUCUUAUUGGAGCGUUGCCUAAUCAGGGUAUACAAUACGUUAGAAUACAUUGGCUACUGAAUUUACUUGCUUUAGAAAGAAAUAGUGAAUACAAUUUUACUAAUAUGGAUAUAUUUGUGAAUGUAUUGCAACAAAGUGGAUUGCGUCCAGGAUUUGAAAUAAUGGGAUGUAAAAGUGAAUUAGUCGAUUUUGACAAAAAUAAAAUAUUUUGGAAAAAUUUAUCAAAGCAGAUUGCUAGUAGAUAUAUAGACAUGUUUGGGAGUGAAGUGGUAAAUUGGAGAUUUGAGUCUUGGAAUGAACUAGAUUUAUUACAUUACAACUGCCUCAAUUUCACUAAAUUAGAAUACUUCGACUACGUCGUAGGAUGCAACGAAGGGUUAAAAUCCGCUUUUUCUGCUUUGAAUUUGUCUUAUAAUUUUGGUGGACCGGCGGGUCUAUUUAGAGAUAAAAACCAUCCUCUCUGUUGGGGCAUUUUGGAAUUUUGCUCUUCUGCUUCGGUUGAUUUGUGCUCUUUCAAGUAUAUUUCUUUUCAUAGAAAAGGCGGGGGGAGUGCUAGCGGGGUUUUAAACGGAAGUUUAGAGGCGAUGGACCGCAUUUUUGACAAGUUUCCAAAGCUGAAGACCUUUCCGGUGUCCAAUGACGAAGCAGAUAUCGAGACAAAUUGGUCGAAAUCUUUGGAAUGGAGAGGAGACGUCAGGUACGCGUAUAUGGUGGCCAAGGUAAUAGCGGAUUACUAUAAAUCAGUAAAAAGAGAGAGAAAAUUGAAGAUCGAGCUUCUGGGCAAUGAUAAUGGGUUUCUAAAUUAUCACCCGUUUUAUUUUACACAAAGAACGUUGUUUGCAAGGUUUCAGGUGAACACUACCACGCCCCCUCACAACCAAUUUAUAAAAAAACCCGUGUACUCGCUAAUGGCCUUAUUAUCCUUUCUGGGGGAGUCUUGGAUUCUGACACCGACACAGCCAUCUCCUGAUCCCUUAUUAACGACCAUAGCUACGCGGUCUGUUACGCAACAUAAGCAGGCAUUUGUUUCCGUCCUUGUGGCUUACGGUAAUGAGAGCUAUGACGACAAUUCGCAAGCAAAUAGACGAAACAUAUCUCUAAAGAUAGAGGGAUUCGAGGUUAGAGAUUGGAAAUUUAUCGUUUAUAAACUGGAUAAUAUUGAAACCAAUCCUUUUAAAGUUUGGAGAAAAAUGGGGUCCCCGGUGUUUCCAGACCAACAACAAAGAUACAAGAUGCGGGAAGUCGAGGAUCCUAAAAGACUGUUUACUCCUACAGACGUACUGAAUUCGGAAAUAAUACUUAAUUUGUCUUUAAGUAUACCGAGUGUUCAUUUGAUUCAUGUUUGUUCUAAAACGGAGAAGUUGCCUAGGAAGGUAACAGCUGUGCGCUUUUAUAACGUUACUUGGAACGAAGUUUUAAUCACAUGGAAAUAUCCAUAUAACGACUCGAAAUGCUUACAGAAAUUCGAAGUGGAAUUGAAACCUAGUAAAUGUAGCAAUAGGAAAAGCAGCAAUAGCUCUCGACAUCGACGUUUCGAGCGGAUCAAUCCUCUCGACACCAUUUUCAUGUCGUUUCAUCAAGUAGGCAAAGGUGGCAAUGAAUUGUGCGAAGGGACACGCGGUACUUAUAGAGUAAGGGCAGUGGAUUAUUGGGAUCGUGUUGGUAAAUUCUCCGAAAUUAUGCCCUAUCCCUAAAUGGAACAUAAAAUAGAGGUAGCAACGUUUAUGUGCAAUUUUAAAGCAACGUUGAUGCAUCUUAUUAAAUGUCGUUUGGUUCAAUAUUGGUGUUUAGUGGCUAUAAAAGAAUGAGGAUAAUGAAAAAAAUCGAAUAUAUUGUUAACAACCUCAUUCCUUCAAUGACUCAGAACUAGCUGUCGUCAAAUUGUUAUAAAAAUAUGUUUGUAGGAAAUUUAUAUACCU